CUGGAAAUAAAUUUAAUGGAUUUUUUUUUUAAUUUUCCUUAUUUUGUGCACUUUUCCUGAUUUCCAAACAUAAAUGUGUUCUUCUAGCUAAUACUACUAUAGUUUUAUUUAUCUAGGGUGGGUCGUUUGUGGAAUUCACCACGAAGCCAGCCAGCCAUGGAAGAUUCACAACCGUCUCUCGUUCACGCAGGAAACAGCACAACAACAAGAACCAUUCCUUUCGAUCUGAUCAUCGAGAUACUAUCUCUACUUCCUGGGAAAUCGCUCUUUCGAUUUCAAUCCGUGUCAAAACAAUGGUUCUCUACCAUCCGCAGCAAAUUUUUUGUAGACUUGUUCCAGACUAGGUCAAAGAGUCGGCCUCGUCUCCUUCUCACGCUCUAUCUCGGAGAUGCUGAGGAGCAAUUCAUCUUCUCGGCUCCUGAACACACAGACGAUGAUAAAUCCUCCUCCAGUGUCAUGGCAAGAUACGACAUGCCGAUCUCGGCUCCAGGCUACAACUUGACCUCUGGUUCUGUCAACGGUUUCGUCUGCUUCAGAGGUGUUAGCUGUCAUACCAUCGCCGUUUAUAAUCCCACCACUAGACAAAUUGUGAAACUGCCAGACGUUACACCCAACGGAAGAUACAUGUACGCAUGUCUUGGGUACGAUCCAGUCGAAGAUCAGUACAAGGUGUUGUGUGUGAUGAUGUUCGGCUCUGAAAGACAAGAUAUGCAACCGGAGCAUUUCGUUUGCACUGUGAGUUCAUCUCAGAAACAAGAGUGGAGAAAGAUCGAGAACCCCACCGGAGUUGAUUACCGAUGUAUCUUUGGAGACAAAUGCAUUGAUGGUGCUCUAUACUAUGAAGUUGGACGACAGUCAAGAAUAGUUAGGUUCGAUGUUAGAUCUGAGAAGAUUCAGUUUAUUAAAACACCCAAAGAGUCAAAUAUGUACUGGUCCACUUUUAUAAAUUACAAGGGAAAAUUGGGCAGUGUAGAUUAUUCUUGCACAGAAAAUUUGAUGACGUUGUGGGUUCUUGAGGAUGUGGAGAAACAGGAAUGGUCGAGCAUGAUGUUUGUCUUACCUUCUAAGUGGGAAGAUUUACCUGAGACUGACGUAGUGUCUAAAGGACUGAUCCAUACGGGCGAGCUUAUGGUGUUCAUUCCAUGGUUAGAGUCAUCUAAGCCUUUUUAUCCUUUUUAUGUUUGUUAUUAUGAUUUUUACAAAGAGAGUACAAGAAAAUUCGAGAUCCGAGGAAUGAAGGAUGUUGAUUUGAGACGUAUAAACGGUCAGAUGUUUUGUUAUCCAGGUCACAUUGAGAAUAUUAGGUUCUUGUAAGAAAAAUUUAUUAUUAUCAUUAUUAUGGUUCAUGUUUCAUUAGUUUCUGCCAUUCAAUUUGAUAGUUACUUGAUUAUGAUCUGAGUUUGUUAGACGCGAUUAAAUUCCUGGAAAAUAUUUUUUUCUGUUUGUUUUAAGAGCUUG